GGCUCCGGUCUCCCGCCUCCCCGAGGCGGGGCCGAGUCUGAGCCCCAGCCCCAGCCCCAGCCCCGGCGGGCCCCGGCGCCUCCCCUUCCCCUUCCUGGCGGCGCUCCCUGUCUGUCGGCGGGACGGAGGGUGCGGGGCUGAGCGCGGCGGGAGCCAUGUGUGGCGGCGGGGCGGCGGCGGCGGGCGGGCGGCGGUAGCAGUGGCCAUGGGGGGGCUGCACCGGGCGCGGCGGCUGUGCCACUGGGGGCCGCUGGUGGCCCUGGCCGUGGUGGCCGUGUGCUCCGCCACCGCCAUGGCGGACGCCGCGCUGUGGUACUGGCCCCUGGACACCGCCGGCGGAAGCGUCAACUUCAUCGUCCUCCUCAACUGGACCGUCAUGAUUCUCUACAACUACUUCAACGCCAUGUUUGUCGGCCCGGGGUACGUCCCGCUGGGGUGGACGCCGGAAAAAUCUCAGGAUUGCAUGUAUCUCCAAUACUGUAAAGUGUGUCAGUCUUAUAAGGCACCACGUUCACACCACUGUCGAAAGUGUAACAGAUGUGUCAUGAAGAUGGAUCACCAUUGUCCUUGGAUCAACAACUGUUGUGGAUACCAGAAUCAUGCAUCUUUCACUCUGUUUCUCCUCUUAGCUCCACUGGGAUGCAUUCACGCUUCUUUCAUAUUUGUUAUGACUAUGUACACUCAGCUUUACAACAGAAUAUCUUUUGGGUGGAGUUCUGUGAAGAUUGACAUGAGUGCAGCCAAAAGAGACCCUCGACCCAUUAUUCCCUUUGGACUGUCCGCAUUUGCUGCGUCUUUAUUUGCCUUAGGACUGGCAUUAGGAACAACUAUUGCUGUUGGUAUGCUGUUUAUUAUCCAGAUGAAAGUAAUUUUGACAAAUAAAACUUCAAUCGAGUCCUGGAUUGAAGAAAAGGCCAAAGACAGAAUCCAGUAUUACCAAACGGGUGAGACCUUUAUUUUUCCCUAUGACACGGGAAGUAAAUGGAAGAACUUCAAGCAAGUGUUUACAUGGUCUGGGGUUCCUGAGGGAGAUGGCCUGGACUGGCCAGUAAGAGAUGGCUGUCAUCAGUACACUUUGACGAUAGAGCAACUGAAACAGAAAGCAGACAAGCGAGUAAGAAGUGUGCGGUAUCGAGCAGUAGAAGAUUACAGUGGUAUCUGCUGCCCUGUGAAUAAAGGUGUUAAAACAUUCUUCACAACACCGUGCACUGAAGAGCCUAGAAUUGCACUGAGUAAAGGGGAUCUGAUUUUAGCCACAAGAGGCUUAAAACACUGGAUGUAUGGUGAGAAGAUUCUCGACUCAGCUGCUGAUGGUGGAAUAAGAGAACGAGGCUGGUUCCCUAGGAAAUGUGUGGAAAAAUACCAAUGUGACUCUGAAAUGGAUCAACCAGUGGAUGGAGAGAAGAAAAACAGAUAGCCUUCUCAUUUUUAUUAAAUAAGAAAUCGAAUUUUUACUUCAGACCACAAUCCUUUACUUGAAAUUUUCUGUGUAUUACUUCAGACUUAUGCAAUGAAUAUGUUAGGACAAGGUUUUUUUUUUCAACACAGCUGGAAGGGUUGGAUAUGCCUGUGCCAUGGUUUGCAUACUUUUUUAACAAUAAAUAAUUGAAGAAGCCAUUCAGUGGGUUGCCUUCAAGAUGCAUCUUUUUCAUCCCAGGUCAGAUUUUUUUUUCUUUUUGCUGUUUAAAUUGUAUUCUGAGAGUUCAUAUUUUAGGGUUUUUUUCCUCAACUGCAUCUGAUUGUGAUGCGUGCUGGUUAUCUCGGGAGUUUUACUUUCUCUGAAGAUGCCCCUGAAAACUAUAAAAUAAACAUCUGAUUCAAAUUCAAGCUAAAAUUUGUUACCUGUGACUUAAUGAUGUGAAUUGUCCACCUCAAAUAAAUGACACAUUCAUAUUUA